AUGGCCCUGCACUUAGAGCCCAACGGUCUCUACCUCCUCCUAGCAGAUCGAGAGUCCAGCUCGACGUUCCACUGGGGUCUCUGCCUUGCCAAAUCCCCGACCGAUGGCACCAUUUUCAAUAUCAUCAACUUCCCCAAUCGAAGUGUUUACAGCUAUGAGAUCAAGUCGAACCAAAAGGUCAUCACUUCCAGGCAAUACCUUCUGGCGCUGAAGGUGGGAGAUCUGCACCCCGCACUGCACGGCCCGUUGGAGACCCGCUUGUCGCAGAUCCCCAUCCAGUACUCGACGCGCUUUCAUGAAGCCAUGACUUGUCGUGUUUGGGUGAAAGAAGCCCUCUUCGCGUUGGAUGACGAGGGCUACAUUAAGCUUGUUGAAAGCAUUAAUGGUAUUGAAGCGGAGGCUAGGUUUGCUGCGAUGUUGAAUAAAGCCAAUGGGAAAAGAACUGUGGGCAAAAGUCGUGGAUAUGUCUUGUGA